ACACACAGCAUUAAACCGGAAAUGAAAAUACAAUGCAUGAUGGUAUUGGUCAAUGAAUAUUGACAACGUCGAUCGUGAAACGGCGUGCUUGUAUUUGCUGGAAUCAACCCUUUUGCUGGAUAUUCCUAAGUGUUGAGAAGUUAAUAUGGUUUCUGAAAAAGGCGAACAUAGAUGGUACAAAUUAUCAGAAGAUACCGGACUUAUCAAAGGUGAAAAACCGAACACAUCGAGAAACAUCACCUUCCGGGUGUACUGCAGCCACUUCCUGUCCACGUGGGGGGAUCAGAUGUGGUGUUUUGGCGUCGGCCUGUUCCUCAUCGAGCUGUCACCGACGUCGCUGCUCCUCACUGCCGUCAAUGGGCUGGCAACGGGGGUGACUAUUCUCCUGGCGGGGGCUCUGGUGGGCGCCUGGGUGGACCGCACCCACAGACUAACAGCAGCGCAAGUAUCCUUGGCCUUACAGAACACAUUUGUGGCACUUUGCGCAUGCGCACUGUGCAUACAUCUCUCGUGCCAUGAACUUAUCGUUUCUCUGUGGAACGGCAGGCUGCUGACGCUCUCCUACGCCUCAAUCAUAUUCUUCGCUGUUUUGGCUGACCUGAGCAGUGCUGCCCGGAUUCUCAUUAUUGAAAGAGACUGGGUUGUAGAAAUAUGCGGAGACGACAACAACAGGCUUGCAGAUAUGACCGCUACGCUGCGGAGGAUGGACCUGGCCGCCCAGAUCCUCGCCCCCAUUGCUUCGGGGGAGAUUGUGUACUUCUUCAAGGUCAGGAACGGGGCUUUAAUCAUGGCAGCCUGGAACGUAGUCUCGAUGUUCAUCGAGUACUAUCUUCUGUGGAAGGUCUACAAUCAGGUUCCAGCUUUACAGAAGGAGAAAUACUGGCAAAAAGAUGAUACAACUGACAAGUCCAGUCACAAACCAUCACUGGAUGCUCUCAAAACAGGAGAGAAAUUCAAAACCUGUGCUGGGAAGAACAGUGAGUAUAUAGCGCUGACAGAAUCGGGAUACCCAGUAACAACUACCCUCAUUGAAAACAAGGAACAGGGAACCGUCAACGAAACCAAGAACAACACAAAGCAAGGAACCAGCUGUGGGUGUUUCCGGAUCUUAUGCUCGCCCGUCGUCAUAAUCUACACUGGCUGGAAGACGUUCAUGCAGUACGACGUUGCCAACGCCGGUCUUGGUCUAGCGAUGAUGUACCUGACGGUCUUGGGGUUUGACAGCGUCACCAGUGGCUAUGCGUUUACCCAAGGAAUAUCUGAAGGACUGCUUGGUCUUGCAAUGGGAUCUGGCGCCGCCAUUGGGAUUCUUGGGACUUUGGUCUAUCCAGUUUUGAGACAUCGCAUUGGGUUAGAGAGAACGGGUCUGAUUGCCAUGACACUACAGAUUGCCUGUCUGUUCUUGUGUGUUUUGUCCGUUUGGUCACCUGGAAGUCCAUUUGACCCCUUUUUCUUCUUACACCAUGAUUCCCCCUCCAAUGUGACUAGUGACAACUGUACGUCGCCAUUAUACUUGACAACAGCAUCCAGAAACAUUUCCGGACAUUCUGAUGUGACAGUCGACAACUGUACUUCCUUGACUAACUUGACGGCUUCAGGAUCUUCUGGUGCCAUGACAACAACAACCCCUUUGGUGCUGAAGUCUUACGUUUCCAUUGCUCUUCUGAUAACGGGGAUCAUCACAGCUAGAUUUGGAUUGUGGAUUGCAGACCUGUCAAUCACUCAGCUGUUUCUUGAACACGUGGCAGAAAGUGAACGCGGGGUCGUGAAUGGAGUUCAAACGUCGCUGAACAGAAUGAUGGACAUGUUGAAAUUUGCCUUGGUGGUAGCCCUGCCCAAGACGGACGAGUUUGGAUAUCUGGUGAUAAUAUCGUUUGUGUGUAUAUGUAUCGGGGACGUGUUGUAUAUGACCUAUACAAGGUCAGCCAGAGGUCACCUGCUUCCGUGCCAUUCUAAGUGUGGAAGAUCUGAAGAUUAGCCUUGAGGAACUGAUCUGUGCUGGACACAAGAUUAGGAAUGCACACAUGCACAUUAGAAUGUUGUAUUUUGUUCCUAAAAUGUUAAAUUAUGUUAUUGAUUUGUUCAGAGUGCAAACUGUUUAAGAUAAGGUAUUUUGUUUAUUUUUGUGUUCGCUGCUUAACUUCGCACUCAGCAAUAUUCACGCUACAUGGCGGCGGUCUGAAAAUAAUCGGGUCUGGAC